GUUUGCCUCUCGACGGCAAAGUCGCAACGUUAGCCUGUGGUAUCUAUGGCCGUAGCAACCAAUUCAAAAUUCAAAAAAGGUACCGUAUGCAGGGAAAGGGCGCCCUUGGAGCUGGCAGAUGGCACGGUAUAAAUAGGAGGCCAAGGCUGAGGUGGUACACUUCAGACACACCACUUCCCACAGUGCAGUUCGAAAAAUUUCAAAUCGCCCGCCUGCAUCCGAUGGGAGGCUCAGUCGCUGAAUCGAGGAGUAGUGGCACAACCAGAGGCGAGGGGCAUAAUGCGUUCCUCCACCUGAUUACUCCUCCUUCAUCUCCAUCGCCGGCGGAGUCCGUAUCUACCGCCUGGAGCACGAAACACCAGCCAGAUGAUUUGGAGCUCGGGAAUGGAGAGGGGGAGGUCGUCCAAGACGAUGCGUUUUACGAGCAGCCUCUCGUUCAUGGUUUGGAUGCCAUGGUGGGGCAAGAACCCUUGAAAGAAGGGUUUGGCGAUUACGAUCCAACUGCUGCUCCUGACUCUCCUCGAAGCACUGGUAGCUCUGCCGUCGACGACGAAUCUAGAGUCGUUUGUGGAGGCCAUGUUGUAGACACUGAAGAUGAAGAAGACAUCAUCAGCAUGCCGCCGAAACGCCAUCGUAUUUGAGAGUAGAAAACGUAGCUUGAGGACAAGUGCUACUUGAUUAGUCUGGUAAAGAGAUGACGGUGAUUUAGUUCGUAGCAGGCGUUCCACUAGGUUCAUCAUUGAAUGUAGAAUGUAGUUUCCCGUUUCGUGUUCACUCAUUAUCCGUCAGUAAUGUUGAACUCCACGGGUCAUGUGCUGGGAGUACGGGGGAUAGGGCAUGGUAUGGGGCCGAUCUAUAUUUUUUGCCUGACUUAUUUCUCCUUGUCGUGAAGCUGCGUGUGUUCUUGCCGGU